GAUUGUUGGCAGCAUGGGCUACCAAGGCAUUAGUGGUCAGUACAUCUCUCACGAAGUGAUUGAGACUGCCUACGCUCAAGAGGGUUUGACUUUGGUUUUUUACCGUAGCCACAAUGCUUCAUGGACUAAUCCAUCCAGAUACUUCGAUAAUAUCAGUGCCUUCAACACCGAGAACAUCAAAUUCUGCAACGAAACCCGCCUGAUGAACAGCAAGGCCAUGGAGCAAUACGCUCGUGUCACUGGAGAUUGGGAUGGCAUUGACAAUAGUUCUGGAACGGUGGUGGGCAAGUGCUUCCAAGGACACUAUUGGUUUGCCCCUGUCUGCCGGGCCAACCCUAUGACUUGCUAUCCAGUCAUUACAGCAGGUCCCGGCUACGCCUAUGAGCAUUUCAUGCAAAGGGCUGCAGUGUUCAACAUGCCAGUGGUGAUGGUGGUGGCCAAGCUUUGGAGUGAUUAUAUAGCAUUACCCACCCAGGUCAAGUCAUCCUUCUAUUGGUGGGAGCCUGACCCCACCUUUCUGUCGCUGGACGCGCAUAAAAUGAUUUACCCGGACUUUGAUUCUUCAGCCCAUCGCGCAGGAAUCUUGACGACCGAUUACGAAGCCGUGAGUAUCGACAAGUAUGCAAGUGCCGACUUGAAGGCUCUGGCCCCUGAAGUGUACGAGGUGUUGAGCCAAUUUAACAUGGACUUGAAGACCGUCAACAAGCUCACGGGAGAUCAAGCAGAUACAGGUGAUGCACCCGAAGUGGUCGCUUGCCGAUGGCUGCAGGCAAACAAGGACCAUUGGGAGAGUUGGCUGCCUGACAAAACGAAAUGCUUUCCGCAAUUUGGUCUCUACGAUGAGCUGACGGGGCAGUUUGUUCAAGACAGGUCAGAUCCCACCAGCUUGACUUGCCGCGUUUGCGCUUCCGGUUUCUAUUCAAGCCAUCUCAAGGAUGAUGCUGGUGUUACGUACGUGUGCAAGCCUUGUGCACCUGGAAGCGCGCAGCCCUCUGGUGCCGCCUUGAAAUGCGAACCCUGCCCGACCGGGGAGUAUCAAGACAAGAAUGGGAGCACAAGCUGCAAACGCUGCGGCCAAGGCAAGUACCAAGAUGCGAAAGGACAAACCCAAUGCAAGGAGUGCCCUGCAGCCACAACAACGCUGGGAUUGGGAUCUGCAUCCGUCUUCGAGUGUGGAUGUGAACCUGGAAGAAUCAACAUCGCCAACGAAACUGAUCUGCCAAAGUGUACACCAUGCGGUGAAGGCCUGUCAUGUCCAUUCUCUUCAUCUCUGGAGACAUUGAAGUUGGGUACGGCACCGUUGGGUGAACAGUACCAACCAGCUUUGCGGAGAGGAUUCUACUGCACCAUGGAUUCUCCCUUGGUCGUGUUCAAGUGUGUCGAGGAUUCGUUCUGUCCUGGUGGCGUACCUGAAGUUUGCAGCGGGGGUCGUGUAGGAAUGAUCUGCGCAGAAUGUCCUACAGGAAUGACAUGGACGGGAAGCGAAUGCACAGCCUGCGACCCCUCUACAAGCUCUUUGUGGUGGUGUUGCGUGCUUUUGUUCUUCUGCGCAUUGAUAGGUGGUUACUACAUCAUGAAUCCAAAAAUCGAUGCCAUCGCAACAGCUCGACAGACUUGGGGGGUCUCUGUUGGCUUGGCCAUUAUGUGGCUUCAGACUGUGGCGAUCAUUGCCAUGAUGACUGUGGAAUGGCCAUCGAGUGUUUCUGGUUCACUCUCUGUGAUGCACUUGUUCAUUCUAGAUGUGGAUUCUUUGUCCUUCUCAUGCAUUGCUUCGGACCAAGCUUCCGCCCGCUACAUCGCCAAAGUGCUCGUGUUCCCCACAGCAAUGGCAUGGAUGUGUGCAUUGUUCUUCAUCUCGAAAUGCUUGCCCAAAUCGUUGCAAUGGCGGCCGGCAACGACAGCCAACACGAUUGGUCAUUACAUGCAGGCCAGUUUUGCUAUCAUGAGCACUGUGGCUUUGCAGAGUAUGACAUGCUAUGUCCAUCCCAAUGGCUCUUACAGCUUGGUGAAGUACUCCAGCAUCACCUGUGGCGAAGGUGAGCAAGCCACCAUGAUGGCAGCAGGCGUGUCCUUGCUGAUUGUCUGCGUCGUCGGCUUUUUGGCAAUCGCGACCUAUGCGACAGUUGCCUUACCAUCAUGGAGUUCAGACAGGAUGUUCCACCAUCGGGUCCAAAGCUUCAAUUUCCUGACAUUUCGCUUUCGCCUGGACAAAUGGUGGUUCGGAAUUCCGUUGCUCUUGCGUGGCCCGUUGAUGUCCUUGGUGGUGACAUGCGCGACAAACUUUCCAGCCGCCCAAGUGUGUUUGAAUUCGCUGAUCCUGACCAUCUACAUCGUGAUCCAGGCAAUGGCACGUCCAUGGAAAGUGCCACUGCUCAACUGGGUGGACAUGUGCAUUUCGGUCUUGCUGAUUCAGAUCACUAUGCUGUCAGGCAUAGCAGUCAGCUCAGAGGCCUUUUCUGACGUCUUCAACGGAAUUGUGAUGGGCACGUUCCUCGGUAUCAUCGGUCUCAUGCUCCUGGCAGUAGGAUUUGCA